AUGUCCGAGUUCCUGCGGCUCAGUCUCCACGAGGAUUUCACCUACGCCAAGGGCAUUGCCUACUCGCGGGGAGUGCAAUGGCCCGCGUUCUGGAUCUCCAUGGCCUAUGUGGUGGUCAUCUUCUCGUUGAAGGCGUUGAUGGCCAACAGGAAACCUCUUGAAGUAAAUCACGCCACAUUUUUCCCUUAUUUUUUCUUUUGUUUUUUCAUUAUUUUUUGGUCAUCAACAUCAUGUGUAAUAUAAAAAGUAUUUCAGUUUGAACUCGGAAACAUUCUGAAAUCCAAAACAGAUGCUACAUGUUCCGUUUUCGUACUCAAAAUUUGCUAUUUUUAUAUUACACUUGUCAUCAAAGCUCACUGAACUCAAACCCCACUUAAAAUUUGAAUCAAAAUCCCAGCUUCCGUUACAAGUGCCACAAUCCAAUUAUAAUUUCAGCUCCGUCUUCCCCUGCAAUUAUGGAACCUGUGGCUAGCUGUUUUCAGUAUCGGCGGUUCAUUAGUUACUUCGGCCGCGCUCUACAACGAAGUCUCCAAGUAUGGGCUGGUGGGUGAGUAAUUACUUGUUUCACUUCAUUUUUAAGAAGAUUCGAGAAAUUUUUGACACAAGAAUCUGAUUUGGUUACCAAAGAUAACCAAUGUAUGCCACAAAUUAUAUUACACUAGACAUCAUCAUGAAUAAUAUGCGGAUAUGAGUGAUUUUCAGCCUCCUACACGAAAUGCCAGGACUUUUUUGAGGGCUACAGCGGUCUCUGGACUUGGUGGUUCUGUCUUUCGAAGAUCGCCGAACUCGGCGACACCAUUUUCCUGGUUCUCCGCAAGCGCCCGUUGAUGUUCCUCCAUUGGUAUCAUCAUGUCGCCACACUCAACUACGGCAUGUGGUCCUACAAUGAGCGUACUGCUUUCAACACUUGGAUCGUCUGGCUCAACUUCAGCGUCCACGCCAUCAUGUACAGUUAUUAUUUCCUCGCUGCUUGCAAGAUUCGGUGUCCCGCCGCUGUUGCGCAGUGCAUCACGGUUCUGCAGAUCACUCAAUUCGCCAUCACUCAUGUCAUUUUGUUCCAUGUGGGUGGAAUCAAGGCUUUGGGAGGUGAAGUGGAUGCCUCUUGGCCAGUUUACUGGUAUUGUUUAAUCAUGGAAUUGAGUUAUCUGGCCUUAUUUGGAAACUUCUUUUAUCAUUCUUACAUCAAGAACGGUGGCAAAAAGUUCAACAGGGAAAAACAACCUGCCAAGAAGGAGGAAUAA